AUGCUAUUACGCCCCUUUGAGAACACUGAGGUUAAGGAAGCCCUAUUUUCUAUGUUCCCUGACAAAGCCCCAGGUCCUGAUGGGAUGAAUCCGGAAUUUUACCAACACUAUUGGGAUGUAGUUGGUGGGGAUGUCUCAGAUUUCGUGCUAAAUUGUUUAAAUUCUUGCUCAUUCCCGAAUGGUCUCAAUUCAACGAAUGUGGUUCUAAUUCCUAAGAAUAGUGUGUCCGAGAAUGUGUCUGAUUUAAGGCCUAUUGCUUUAUGCAAUGUAGUGUAUAAGAGUGCCUUUAUCCCAGAUAGGCUUAUAACUGAUAAUAUCCUUGUUGCUGCGGAAAUUGGUCACUAUCUCAAUCGGAAGCAGUGUGGUGUGGUUGGUUGGGAAGCCCUUAAGUUGGAUAUGGCAAAAGCAUAUGACCGUAUGGAGUGGCCCUUCCUACGCAGAAUGUUAGAAGCCUUGGGCUUCGAUGUUAGGUGGGUUGAUUUAAUUAUGCUUUGUGUAUCUUCGGUUUCUUAUAACUUCCUCAUCAUUGGGACCCCGUCUGGUGAGGUUGUUCCAACCCGCGGAUUGCGCCAGUGUGAUCCACUCUCCCCAUACUUGUUUAUCAUUUGUGCAGAGGGACUCUCUUUGUUGUUACAGAAAGCUCAAGCAGAGGGUUCAAUACGAGGUUGUAGGGUGGCUAGGGGGGCUUCCCCAGUCUCUCACUUGUUCUUUGCGGAUGAUAGCCUCCUAUUCUUUAGAGCUAAUGCCCAAGAAGUAGGAGCGGUCAAACACUGUUUGGAUUUAUACGAAAAUAUGUCUGGUCAGGCAGUGAAUUACCACAAAUCCAAUGUCUGUUUUAGCAUAAAUACACAGACCCAUCACAGGGAGGAAGUGGUGGCGGUUUUGGGAGUUGACCAGGCCCCGAAUUUUGGAAAAUACAUGGGAUUACCAGCUUUUGUGGGUAGAAAUAAAAGGGCGGCUUUCUCUUAUAUUGAAGAUAAAAUUAAGCAACGUGUGGGGUCUUGGAAUAAGAAGUUGCUCUCACAGGCUGGUAAGGAGAUUCUAUUGAAAAGUGUAGCUCAUGCUAUGCCUACUUUUUCAAUGAGUGUCUUUUUACUCCCUGAGUCAGUAUGUUUAUCCAUCGAGAGGACCAUGAACCGUUUCUGGUGGGGUGCAGGGACAAAGAGAAGAAUCCAUUGGAAGGCAUGGGAUCGUUUAUGUAAGCCUAAGAAGUUUGGUGGUUUAGGCUUCAAGGAUCUUCGAGCUUUCAACUUGGCCAUGUUGGGCAAGCAGGCUUGGCGGUUCCUUUUAAACCCCAAUUCUCUGGUUGCAAGAAUCUACAAAGCAAGGUAUUACCCUCGGACCUCUUUCAUUGAUGCUACUAUUGGGAGUUGCCCAAGUUAUUGCUGGCGUAGUAUUAUGGCAGCCCAUGAUUUGAUUUGUGGGGGUGUGAGGCGCAGGAUCGGGGAUGGAAAAGAUACUCUGAUCUGGGGUCACCCUUGGCUCCCAGAUGGUCUGAAUCCAAUUGUACAAACGCCCAUGCCUGAGCAGCUUAAUGGAUCACUUGUGUCUGGAUUGAUUGAUGCCAAUACUGGUAUGUGGGACAUCCCUAUUCUGAAUGACAUAUUUACCUCUCAGGAUGUUCUACGCAUAAGUAGGAUUCCCAUUUCUCCAGGUUAUGAAGACUCGUGGUAUUGGCAUGGUGACCCAAAGGGAUGUUAUACGGUCAAAAGUGGUUAUAGAACCAUCCUGGGUGAUUAUUCUAGCAUGGAUGAUAACUUUGGGGAGCGGAUCUCAAUGUGGAAAAUUAAAGUGCCUCCCAAAUGGAAGACCUUUCUUUGGAGAGCAUUAGAUGAUACUCUCCCGGUUACCACCAACCUACAUUUAAGAAGGGUGGAUGUUGAGCUUGCAUAUCCUAAGUGUGGUCUUUCUCAUGAGAAUAUUAUGCAUGCGUUAGUUUCGUGUGAAUACUCACAACAUGUUUGGAGUGCUACCAACCUACCUAUCCCAUCUAUUGUUGGUGUUUCUUUUAACAUGUGGUUCUCAUCUAUUCUCUAUGACUUACCUGAAGGAGUUGUUGGUGCGGUCGUGGCAGUACUAUAUUUUCUUUGGAGAGCACGGAACUCAACAGUUUGGGAGGGAUUCCUGCCGUUACCUGCGAAGGUCGUCUCAGCGGCGUUCGCAGCGCUCCAUGCUUGGCGGGAGAUUCACGGCGGCCAACCCUCUGUCACGAGUCCAGUUCUGAGCUCCACCAGUGCAGUACCAACCUUGCCAACAUCCCAUGCUACAUUGCAACAUACACAGGUGGAGACCCCGAGGUGCUACUUCGACGCACGUUUUUGUUCCUCCUCACUAAAAGCGUCGUUUGGAGCUGUUCUGCUUUCGGCCACUGGAAGUUUUAUAGCUGCCUGUGCAGGUCCUAUCUCAAGCUGCUUUUCACCAUUAAUGGCGGAGGCGGUAGCAUCGAAGGAGGCGCUUUCAUGGCUCCGCGAUAGAGGCGUUUCAAAUGUUGCGGUCUUCACCGAUUGUUCGCAACUCCGGUCGUAUCUGGCUUCGGCCUCACCAGUUCUUUCACUUGCAGGGUUCGCCAUUCAGACUUCUAGGUUGCUGCUAUCAUCAUUUAACUCUUGUGUCGUUAGUCUUGUUCCAAUAUCAGCAAACGUCAUUGCACACACUCUUGCGGCUUCGGCCUUUUCGCAGAUUACUACUUUGUACUGGGACUCGGUCCCUCCAAACUCUAUUUCUGCUCAGUUUGAUUAA